AUGUUUUUCAAUAGUCCAUUUCAAGCAAGUUAUUAAACCAUUUUAGUUUAAUAUGUCAAAAACUCUUGUUAUAAAUUAUUAACUUUAUAAUCUAAACAGAGUACAUCAGGAUAAUGUAACUAGCCUUGUUAAGGAUCAAAUAUUCAGAUUGUAUAUGCGGAACUUCCUAUUGUGAUUCAAAUAUGUUGUGCUAGAAUUCUUCAUGUGUAACUGUUGUAAAUUGUUCAUCAAUUAAUUAAAAUAAUUGCUCUUGUGGAAGAUCAUCAAAACAAGAUUGCAGUUCAACAACUUAUUGCUAAGAUCCUAAUGCAACAAAUGGAGUUUGUUUUAAUAAAUGCUAAGGUUCAACAGUAAAUAAUUGUGCUUGUGGAUCUCAAACACUCUCAUAUUGUAGUGCAGCUUAAAGAUGUGAAGAUGGUAUGA